ACCCAGGCAGGACAGAGGCAGGGAGUGGGAUAGGGUGUUACUCACAGACGGGACAAGCCAAACGGGACGCAGGGAAGGCGAACACACUGAGCCGGGAUACACCGACAGCAGAAACGCCAAAUACCUGACAUGGGAAUCUUCAUUUCCUUGAAGGAAAAAAAAAACUUUCGCUUUUUGUAUUUAUUGUUUUGUAGCGCUAUGAAGUAAGAAAAAAACUCCGCCAUAUUCAGCCCACCACGCCCGGGACUCAGCCACCAGGGGUAAAGACUCGCUGCUUCUCAGUCUCUUAACUUGUUGCACAAAAGUGUGUUUCCAGUCUUAUCUGGCCCAACUGAGGAUGUAGAUUUCACUGUCUUGACUUUGGGGCAGCCAAACCUUAUUUCCCAACACAUCAGCGACUUUAUUGCUCAGCGCCUGCCACAUCGCCCCCCCAAAAAGCGUCAGUGUUUUCUCCAGGAGUAAUGACUCUGGGCUCCGUGGGGGCCUGCUGCCUCAGCGAGGAGGCCAAGGAGGCUCGCAGGAUCAACGAUGAGAUUGAGAGGCAGCUGCGCCGGGACAAGAAGGACUCCCGACGGGAAUUCAAGCUCCUCUUGCUUGGGACGGGUGAGAGCGGGAAGAGCACUUUCAUCAAGCAGAUGAGGAUCAUCCAUGGGUCUGGCUACUCUGAGGAGGACAAGAAAGGCUUCACCAGGCUCGUCUACCAGAACAUCGUCACAGCCAUGCAGGCCAUGAUCCACGCCAUGAGCACGCUGCAGAUCCCCUACAAGUACGAACACAACAAGGCCCACGCCAGAACUGUCAGCGAAGUUGAUGUGGAGAAGGUCUCAAAAUUCACAAAUCCCUACGUGGAUGCCAUCAAGAGUCUGUGGAAUGACCCGGGGAUUCAGGAAUGUUACAAUCGGAAGAGGGAAUACCAGCUCUCUGACUCAGCCAAAUACUAUCUGAAUGAUUUGGACCGUAUCGCUGAUGCUUCUUAUGUGCCAACCCAGCAGGAUGUCCUGAGGGUCAGGGUUCCCACUACAGGUAUAAUAGAGUACCCCUUUGACCUGCAGAAUGUGGUCUUCAGGAUGGUGGAUGUGGGUGGUCAGCGCUCAGAGAGGAGGAAGUGGAUCCACUGUUUUGAGAAGGUCACAUCCAUCAUGUUCCUGGUGGCUCUCAGCGAGUACGACCAAGUCCUCGUUGAGUCUGUCAACGAGAAUCGAAUGGAGGAAAGCAAGGCCUUGUUCCGGACAAUAAUAACCUACCGGUGGUUCAAAGACUCUGCAGUCAUCUUGUUCCUGAAUAAGAUAGACUUACUGGAGGAGAAAAUAAUGUUUUCGCAUUUGGUCGACUACUUUCCUGAAUAUGAUGGUCCCCAGCGGGAUGUCAAGGCAGGAAGAGAAUUCAUCCUGAAGAUGUUUGUGGAUCUGAAUCCAGACACAGAGAAAAUCAUCUACUCUCACUUCACCUGCGCCACGGACACGGAGAACAUUCGGUUUGUCUUCCAUGCCGUCAAAGACUACAUCCUGCAGCUCAACCUGAAGGAGUACAACCUGGUGUAAAACUGUGCAGGUGCCACCAUUAUGCAUUCUACUAUACACAGCUGGCUGUCAGGGAGCCGGGAGGGUAAUCCUACAGCACUUCAGUAUGCCUCACACUGCUGUAGAACACGAUAAUCCACAACAGGAAGUUGAGAAACUGCAGAGCCUUUUGCCAAAUGACUGCACUUUCAAUGUAUGUCAAAUUUUCUCUUUAGGCUGUUUGAAAAUGGGUGUCGUUGGCUGUAAUGAAGAAAGUGUACCCUAAUUAUUAAAAUAGUGCCUUGUUGAGGAGAGUCAAUUACCAUAUGCACUGUCAGUUUUAUUGAGCUCUUUGUGAACAAUUUAGAGCAGUAACACUGUGUAAAUGAACACGAGGGAAAAAGUAUUUUAAUGCCGUCACACGUCUCUGAGGACUGUUGGCCUCUCCCAAAGGGAACCUGUGGAAGUAAAUGUAGAUAACUGCUAUGCAGCACCUCACGUCACUAACCUAAGUUGGUCAUAGUUUAUUUUUUUAUGUUUGAAACAAUAGUUUAAAUACUCUUUGGGCUUAUUUAAAUGAGUAGUUUGUAUCUUGAAUUGAUGGGGAAAGAGUUUUAAUUAUCACUUAGGACACAUUCACUUGCAUACAGAUAUUGAUUUGCACAUUUCACACUUUUGUUUUUUUUUGUUUUUUUUACCAUUGAUAUUUGUAUUGCUCUGUAUAUGUGUACCUCCUUCAGACAGAUACUGAUCAGUUCACACAACCACAUUCCAAAUUUUACUUGACUUUGUACACUUUGCAUUCAUCUGAGACGGCGUUGUCCAGUGUUAAAACAACUGUUUGUGAGCGUAGCAUAAAUUGUACUAUCAUUUCAUGUAAUGUGUCAUCCAAUUCAGUGUAAGGGAAUUUUAGAUUUUGCUUAAGUGUCGUCACUUUUGCUGAAGUCUUUGUUUUCUUGGCAGGACUGUAUUGUUAAAUAAUUGCAUACACUCGAUUCAGGGAUGAUUUUAAAUUGGAUUGUGAGGUCAUUUUCUCUUCUUGAAAUCAUUUGUGAAAAUGGCUGUAAAUAUCGCCCUUUAUAUACCUCCUUGCACUUUGUAAAUGUCAAAUGGUACAGCGAUUUCCUAUGCUUUUUUUUUUUUUUCUUCGUUUGCAUCAAGGUCCUGUAAAAUGAGUGUUGAAAGGCGAGCUGCUGAGGAGAGAACUGUUAUGACUAAGGACUUCUGAGGCAUUAAGUCGUUGCACUCUUGAUCCUGAUUCACAUUAAAUUGUUGUUCAUGGGUAAAGUGAAUGAAUAGGGGCUAAUCAGAAUGUCCCUGGCACUAAUGGUUACAAGACCUUUGACUUUUAUGUAAAAGUAAUUGCAGUCUAAUUUUGAUGUUUGACAUUUCUGGUAUUGUAACAUCUUCAUGCAAUCAUCAAAUGUUUGUUGUUGUU